GCCCCGGGCUCGCGCCGCCGCCGCCGCCGCGCGCGCGCAGCUCAAGUAAAGGAGGAAAAAAAAGGGGGAAAAAAUAGAAAGCGGCGGCGGCGGCUGCAGCAGCGAUCCGCCGCCGCACUGGGCCAGGCCGGGCGGCGGACGCGCGAGCCGGCGACCCAGGGGAGAGGCUGCGGCCAUCCAGGGCGGGCCGGGUUAAAAAAAGUCGCGGCGGCGGCGGCUACUCAGGGAAGGAGGCCCGAGGGCCGCGAAGAGCGGGCGGGGGGCGGCUGCGCUGCGUCCCGGAGCCUAGAGCCGCCGGGAGCCGGCCGGCGGGCGAGAGGGCGGAGGCGGCUGCAGGAGCAGCGGCGGCGGCGGCGGCGGCGGCGGCAUCUCCUCCUCACAUGACCCCACUGUUUGUCCCCGUGAUCAGCGCGAGCGGCUCCCGUGUCUCCUCCGUCCCCUCCUGCCGCGCGGCGUGAGCGCCGGGCUCGGGGCCCCCCCGGCCGCCCGCCCCCUCCCCUCCCUCCCUCCCCUCCCCUCCCCUCCCCCCCGGGCCCGGCGCCCCCCCCGCCCCCCCCCCCCCCCAUGGACAUGCUGGACCCGGGUCUGGAUCCUGCUGCCUCGGCUACCGCUGCUGCUGCCGCCGCCAGUCACGACAAGGGACCCGAGGCAGAGGAGGGCGUCGAGCUGCAGGAAGGCGGGGACGGCCCUGGGGCGGAGGAGCAGACGGCGGUGGCCAUCGCCAGCGUCCAGCAGGCGGCGUUCGGCGACCACAACAUCCAGUACCAAUUCCGCACAGAGAAUAAUGGAGGACAGGUGACAUACCGCGUAGUCCAGGUGACUGAUGGUCAGCUGGACGGCCAGGGCGACACAGCAGGCGCCGUCAGCGUCGUGUCUACGGCUGCCUUCGCGGGGGGGCAGCAGGCUGUGACCCAGGUGGGUGUGGAUGGGGCCACCCAGCGCCCCGGCCCCGCUGCUGCCUCUGUGCCCCCAGGUCCCGCAGCGCCCUUCCCACUGGCUGUAAUCCAAAAUCCCUUCAGCAAUGGUGGCAGCCCGGCAGCUGAGGCUGUCAGUGGGGAGGCACGAUUUGCCUAUUUCCCAGCGUCCAGUGUGGGAGAUACCACGGCUGUGUCCGUACAGACCACAGACCAGAGCUUGCAGGCUGGAGGCCAGUUCUAUGUCAUGAUGACGCCCCAGGACGUGCUUCAGACAGGAACGCAGAGGACAAUUGCACCCCGGACACACCCCUACUCCCCGAAAAUCGACGGAACCAGGACACCACGGGAUGAGAGAAGGAGAGCUCAACAUAAUGAAGGAGGUGAAUCGCCCGGGCACAGAGGGAGUGCUGUGAACGUAGCCUCGUUCUUGCUGUUCUUGCUGCAGUGGAGCGGAGGCGGAGGGACAAGAUCAACAACUGGAUCGUCCAGCUUUCAAAAAUCAUUCCAGAUUGUAAUGCAGAUAAUAGCAAGACAGGAGCGAGUAAAGGAGGGAUCCUGUCGAAGGCCUGCGACUACAUCCGGGAGCUGCGCCAGACCAACCAGCGCAUGCAGGAGGCCUUCAAGGAGGCCGAGCGGCUGCAGAUGGACAGUGAGCUCCUGAGGCAGCAGAUCGAGGAGCUGAAGAACGAGAACGCCGUGCUCCGCGCCCAGCUGCAGCAGCACAACCUGGAGAUGGUGGGCGAGAGCGCCCGGCAGUGACGCCGUCCGCAGCGUGCGGCGCGGGCCGCCUCCGGGCCCCUGCCGUCCCUUUCCCCAGCCCUUAGCACAGAGAGGGACAGACGCCCCUCCCCCAGCUGCGUUUUUUAUAGUAGAUUUUUAACAAAAAACGGGGAGAAAUAAUGAAUUUCUGUGGAUAAGCACCCACUGCUCUCCUCAACUUGGAAACAAUAUCCUCCCUGCCCGUCUGUCUGUCUCCCUUCUCCCGGCCCCUACUCAGCCCUGGCACUUCUAGUGGCCUCACCUGGAGGCAAGAGGAAGGAGGACAGAGCCCCUGCCAUACCCCACUGCCUCCUUGGACUCUAGACGUACUGAGACAGGGUGCUUAUGGGAAGGAGGGGAGCCUUUGGGGGGCCAGCCCUGGGGCCUGGACCUAAGCAGGGAGGCCAUGUCCCACCCCACCUCUUGUUUCUGGAACCCUGCUCCCCUUUGGGUGUGUGAGUGUGUUCUAAUUUUCUUUAUGGAAAAAAAUGGACAAAAAAAAAAUAGAGAGAGAGAGAGGUAUUUAACUGCAAUAAACUGGCCCCAUGUGGCCCCGCCUUGUC